AUGUGUAAUGACUUACGACUCUCAGCUAUUGAUUUCAGGGCUUUUGGAAACGUAGCAAGCGGGAUAUCAGGUGCAUUUAGAACCCAUUUGUUUAAACCGUUCGCUGAAAAUAGGGAGAAUGCCGAUAGCAUGCAAAUUUCUUACAUCAUGCUUUCGCUUUUUUCAAACUGUAGUAUAUCCAGACUAUCGUACUUACAGUUUAUUAUUGUACCUUCUGGUUUGCACAUAUUUGAAGAUUCUCGAACUGCUGAACAAGCUUUUCCACCAAGUUCAGUGGACUAUCCUGCCAUUUUAAAAGAUCUAAUCCAUCUAGCUCUUGAGACCCCUUCACUCAUGAUGCAAAAUGGCCCUCAAAACCUCUUCCAGCUUUCCGCACAGGCCCCAUUUGAUAACACGUUCGCAGCGAACGUUUUCGAGAGGUCUCAUAGGGCGUUUUCACGCGUAGUAGCACGAGAGUUGCUGUGGAACGGAAAGCCCAGAAGUAAUACAUAUUGCGUAUGGCGCUCAAGGGGCUUUCUAGGAGGCUUCGACUUUAACGAGGAAAACAAGCGUUUGAAGAACUGGACAUGCAAGCUGUUGCUUCUACAGCCUAUUAUCACAACCCACCUCCAGAAGAAGCACAGAGUUGAUGCCUUUAAGGGAAACUAUCUCCUAGGGAGCCUGACUUAUCUACUUGGAGUUGAACAAAUAUCUGCCACUAUAUUAGCAACAAUGUGUCAAAGCCGAGCUCUCUAG